CCCAGUCCCUUCUCAGCUCUUCACUCACUCUCCCCUUUCUUUCUUUUUUUCUUUUUUUAAAAAUUUCCCGUUAUUUCUCUCUCUAUUUUUUCUCUCUCUUGGUGUAAAUAAUUUAAUGUUGUAUUUAUGAAUUGAAUAUUGAAAGAGGAUAAAGGUUUUUAUAUAUACAAUAAGAACUUUGAUGCGUAUGAUCUUGACUUUUGCUUUAGGGGAUAUUGGUUCAGAAAAAUGAUGCCUGAAGCCAAAGUGAAUUGAAGAAGAUGAGGAACACCCAAAGGAAACGUGGAUAUCGAAUAUUGUAAGACACAGAGAGAAGAGGCGAAGAAAACCAAAGAAUAAAACACCACGUCACAACCCACAAGUCCAACAAAAUCUCUGAUGGGAUAUUCAGUAUCCACUACGUCGUCGUUUUCCCACUUCUUCUCCGUCCCACCUCCUCCUCGCACCUACACGAUCAAAAAUGACGCGACGAUCCCCUUCCUUUCUCUCUCCUCAAUGCCGCUCCCUCGACUCUCUCUCCGCCGCCGCGUCCCCCAGGACGCACCGUUUCACCUCGCGUCCGAAACCACCCGCAGAGCUUCAUCAACAACUCGCAAUGUCAAAGCCGAAGCUUCACUCCCAGACCCACCCUCCUCUUCCUCCAAUACAAAACGCGUCGUUUUGGUCUCCGCUUUGACCAUUGCUCUGGCUGUCGCCAACCGCGUGCUCUACAAGCUCGCCCUUGUCCCCAUGAAAAACCACCCUUUCUUCUUGGCCCAAUUCACAACCUUCGGCUACGUGAUUAUAUAUUUUUCGAUAUUGUUCGCACGAUACCGUUCUGGGAUUGUGACUGAUGAAAUGAUAAGCCUUCCCAAAUCACGGUUUGUGGCCAUUGGUGCCUUGGAAGCCCUUGGAGUUGCUUCUGGGAUGGCUGCUGCAGCCAUGCUUCCCGGACCGGCAAUACCCAUAUUGAGUCAGACGUUUUUGGUGUGGCAGCUGAGUUUUUCUGUCCUCCUUUUGGGGAGAACAUACACAUUCAAUCAGAUCUCCGGCUGCAUACUCGUAGCUAUAGGUGUAGCAGCGGCUGUUACAAGUGGGUCUGAUUCGGGUCAGAUGCUAUCUGGAGUUGAGUCUAUGUGGCCAGUACUAAUGAUUGCUUCAAGUGCUUUUCAAGCUGGUGCAUCUAUAAUCAAGGAGUUCGUCUUCGUUGAUGCUGAGGCCCGCCUUAAGGAAAAAUCACUUGACAUAUUUGUUGUCAAUUCUUUUGGAUCUGGAUUUCAGGCUCUUUUUAUACUUCUCUUUCUACCAUUCUUGUCAAACCUGAGAGGCAUACCAUUUGCGCAACUUCCUUCAUAUCUUAAAGAUGGCGCUGGUUGCUUUCUGAAUAUUGGAGCCGAUACAUCAGGUUGUAAUGGGGCUCCAUUGCUUCCGUUGCUUUACAUAGGUACCAAUCUGUUUUUCAACAUAUCAUUGCUGAGUGUAGUAAAGAUUUCCUCUGCGGUUGUUGCUUCUCUCAUUGUGAUGUUGUCAGUGCCGAUAUCGAUUUAUAUUCUUUCCCUUCCAUUGCCAUAUCUGGAAGCGGGUGCAACUUUGAGCCCCUUUUUCCUCUUUGGUAGCACAGUUCUUUUGUUGGGUCUUAUUCUGUACAGCAUGCCUCAGCCUGCCAAGGAUGGCUCUGAAAUUAGUUGACAUUACAUACUACACUGUUAUAGAUGUUAUAUUCUUAUUGUCUCUUUAAGACCUGGAACACAACUCAUGUUUUCCAUCCCCGACUGUUUAAAUUCAAUUCUAUCAAUUCAAACAAAAAAGAAAAAACUUUAACCGGAA